UUUACUCCACCUCUUGAAGAUCUGUUGAGCAGUAUUGAAAUACGUAACGAGUGUAUAGGACUACUCAACCUGUCCUGCCAGGAGAGCUGUCAACUACACUUCCCAGCAUGCUUCAUCGGAGAAUGGGUCGGAACAAUGGAAGAGAUAUUAUUGAGGGGAAGCUCCGGGCACCUCUGGUGCAGUUCGGGUCCACUGCGAUUGGUGUCCGUGGAACCCUCGCUCUUUAUCCCGGAGGAACGCGAGCGACCAUAGAGAGGACGCGGGCGGAGCGAGCGGCCGGAUGCGGUCACCAUAGAGACGGGUGACUGACAGGCAGCGGAAGAGGAAGCCGCGGGCCGUAGCGUGAGGUGGCGGCUGCAUCCGCGGCGGAGCCGGAGCCUCCAGCGGCCCUGGGGUUUGUUUCCCGCUCCGGGUCUCUGCCCUCCGCCUGAGUCCCUGUACUCUCGGGUCGCCAGGUCCCGCCGGAGGCCCUGUCACCCUCUCUCCGGCCUCCGCCGCCCCCACCCGGCUUCCGGGUCCCCUCCCGGAGGAUCGGGGUUCCUCACGGCCUGGCGGGCUGCGGCCCCUCUCCCGGCUGCAACCUCGCUUCGUCUCCGCCUUCCGCUCGCCUGCCCCUCUGAUCGAUCGCAGUGGCUGCAGCCCGCCCCUCCGCUGCUUGGAGACUCGCUUGGGGCUCGUCCUCUAGGGCUGGCCUGGCUGCGGCCGCCGAAUCACGGCCCGGGCUGAGGACCUGUCAGAAGGCCACCGGACUCCUGCUGGCCUUCGCACAACCCCUACAUUGCCUCCAGCUGCUGCUCGCCACGCGCACGGUUUGCUUUCCGUUUGUUUGGCGUGGUCCCCGGGGCCCAGGGGAAGCCAGGGCGCGCAGCAAGAGUGCCUCCUGGAGGGUGGGUAGCGGAGCCCGGCGGCAGCUGGAACACUGAGGCGAAUACCCUGCAGAAUGGCUGGCAGGCACGGCGCUCCUCUGAGAGACCGGCGGUGCUGAGUCACCGGCGUGCCCACCUCCUUGGCGUGGGAUGGCUGAUGUGCGUCGUGUAUGGCUGUUGACCGCGCCUGAGAGGGAAGGGGGCUUGCUGUAGCCCUUGUGUGUCCUUGACGCUUGGGAGCAGAGUGGAGGGAGGCUGCGGCUUCCUCGCCUUUUGCUGGUCUGCGGUUAUUUGUCAGCAUCCUUUUCAGUAGCUGGAGUGGGGAUGUGGCUGGGUGGCCUUCAGGAGGGGGAAACUGCAGCGGGCGCCUCUGGUCGGACAGUUGCUUUGAUGGACCGUGUGCUUUUUCCCAAAGCCGUCAUUAUUAGCUGCUGCCUUCUCUUGACUUAGGUCCAGGCAACACAUGCGCGUGCUCCUUUUUGGGGUAGAGUUGGCAGUACUGAAUUUUGUUCUUCUCCUUCCUACUGGAAGACACACUAUAAUCUCAGGAGUGAAUGAAACCGUUUGCAUGUGGGUACUGGUUGGGCCAAAGGGUGGAUCCAACACCUUGGUGACUGAAGACAGAGCAGAUGGAGUGUGAAGACAGGACAGUCAAUCUUCCCCGGGAUCCUGGGCCUGGAAGUCAGCACACCGUGUUCUGUUGUUGACCUCAUUGACCCUGGGUUCCCCGGUUAAGACUGUAAUCCUGCUGCUGGCCUGGCGCCCACCCACACACUGACCCUCUAAGCUGUGCUCACUGGGGUGCCCACAUGGUCAGGGCCACCACCAUGCGCCUGAGUUCCCUGUUGGCGCUGCUGCGGCCGGUGCUACCCUUCAUCUUAGGGCUGUCGCUUGGUUGCAGCCUGAGCCUCCUGCGGGUUUCUUGGAUCCAGGGUGAGGGAGAGGAUCCCUGUGUAGAGGCUGUGGGGCAGCCAAGAGGGCCACAGGAUCCAGACUCAGGACACCGACUGGAUCAAAAUGACGAAGACUUCAGACCCCGGAUUGUCCCCUACUACAGGGAUCCCAAUAAGCCCUACAAGAAGGUGCUCAGGACCCGGUAUAUCCAGACGGAGCUGGGCUCUCGGGAGCGGUUGCUGGUGGCUGUCCUGACUUCCCGAGCCACACUGUCCACAUUAGCUGUAGCUGUUAACCGCACAGUGGCCCACCACUUCCCUCGGUUACUCUACUUCACUGGGCAGCGAGGAGCCCGAACUCCCGCGGGGAUGCAAGUCGUAUCCCAUGGGGAUGAACGGCCCGCGUGGCUCAUGUCAGAGACCCUGCGCCACCUUCACACACACUUUGGGGCCGACUACGACUGGUUCUUCAUUAUGCAGGAUGAUACAUACGUGCAGGCCCCGCGCCUGGCGGCCCUCGCUGGCCACCUCAGCAUCAACCAGGACCUGUACCUGGGCCGGGCAGAGGAGUUCAUCGGGGCAGGCGAGCAGGCCCGGUAUUGCCAUGGGGGCUUUGGCUACUUGUUGUCACGGAGUCUCCUGCUUCACCUGCGGCCACAUCUGGAUGGCUGCCGUGGGGACAUUCUCAGUGCUCGUCCUGAUGAGUGGCUUGGCCGCUGCCUCAUCGACUCUCUGGGCAUUGGCUGUGUCUCCCAGCACCAGGGGCAGCACUAUCGUUCCUUCGAACUGGCCAAGAACAGGGACCCUGAGAAGGAGGGGAGCUCAGCCUUCCUGAGCGCCUUCGCCGUGCACCCAGUCUCUGAGGCCACUCUAAUGUACCGGCUGCACAAACGCUUCAGUGCCCUGGAGUUGGAGCGGGCUUACAGUGAAAUAGAACAGCUGCAGGCCCAGAUCCGGAACCUGACAGUACUGACCCCUGAGGGAGAGGCAGGGCUGAGCUGGCCCAUUGGACUCCCCCCGCCUUUCACACCGCACUCCCGAUUCGAGGUGCUGAGCUGGGACUACUUCACAGAGCAGCAUACCUUUUCCUGUGCAGACGGAGCACCCAAAUGCCCUCUGCAGGGGGCCAACAGGGCAGAUGUGGGUGACGCGGUGGACACUGCUCUGGAGCAGCUCAAUCGGCGCUAUCAGCCCCGGUUGCGCUUCCAGAAGCAGCGGCUGCUCAACGGUUACAGGCGCUUCGACCCAGCACGGGGCAUGGAGUAUACCUUGGACCUGCUGCUGGAAGCCGUCACUCAGCGGGGCCACCGGCGGGCCCUGGCUCGCAGGGUCAGUCUCCUGCGGCCGCUGAGCCGCGUGGAAAUCCUGCCGAUGCCUUAUGUCACCGAAGCCACCCGAGUGCAGCUGGUACUGCCACUCCUGGUGGCUGAAGCUUCAGCAGCCCCAGCAUUCCUGGAGGCCUUUGCAGCCAGUGUGCUGGAGCCGCGAGAGCACGCGCUGCUCACCCUGCUGCUAGUCUAUGGGCCCCGGGAAGGUGGCCGUGGGGCCCCAGACCCAUUUCUUGGGGUGAAGGCUGCAGUAGCAGAGUUGGAGCGGCGGUAUCCUGGGGCGAGGCUGGCCUGGCUCGCCGUGAGAGCAGAGGCCCCUUCCCAGGUGCGCCUCAUGGAUGUGGUAUCCAAGAAGCACCCCGUGGACACCCUCUUCUUCCUCACUACUGUGUGGACCAGGCCUGGGCCUGAAGUCCUCAACCGUUGCCGCAUGAACGCUAUCUCUGGCUGGCAGGCUUUCUUCCCAGUCCAUUUCCAAGAGUUCAACCCUGCCCUGUCAUCGCAGAGGUCUCCGCCAGGCCCUCCAGGGGCUGGCCCUGACCCCCCAUCCCCUUCCGGCUCAGACUCAUCCCGGGGGGCCCCUGCUGGCGGCAGGUUUGACCGGCAGGCCUCGGCAGAGGGCUGCUUCUACAAUGCUGACUACCUGGCAGCCCGUGCCCGGCUGGCUGGUGAACUGGCAGGCCAGGAAGAGGAGGAAGCCCUGGAGGGGCUGGAGGUGAUGGAUGUUUUCCUCCGGUUCUCAGGGCUCCACCUCUUUCGGGCCGUAGAGCCAGGGUUGGUGCAGAAGUUCUCCCUGCGGGACUGCAGCCCCCGGCUCAGCGAGGAACUCUACCACCGCUGCCGCCUCAGCAACCUGGAAGGGCUGGGGGGCCGUGCCCAGCUGGCCAUGGCCCUGUUUGAGCAGGAGCAGGCCAACAGCACCUAGCACCCCAUUCGGGGCAUCUGGCACUCUCCCCACAGGUCCCUUGUACGCCUCUGCCCCAGGAAGGGCAAGGCAAGGUGAUGGACAGAGAGGGCUUAUUGCUGUAUUUUUUUAAAUGAGAAAAUGCUAUUAAAAAUGUCUUCUGCCAAAA